GACGCCGACGCCGACGCGCACCCCGAAACGUCGACUGGCGUGCGGUUGUGGUAGUAUGUUCGGAGAUUCGUUUAUCGCGAGGUAAACGCGCCGGAUUCCAUUUCAAACGGGCCAACAUAUCAGUCGUUUUUGUACGGUUACAAAAUAUAAAUAAAUAAAUAAAAAAAAAUUAUUAAUUAUGCCAAAGCUACACGUAGUGCCUCCAUUUUUGAAAAUUAACGGCCGAUGCGGCUGCGAGAAUUUUCCCGGAAAUACCAGACAUGAUUAAAGAAAUGACAGCCCUCUAGGGCCAGCGGGGUUCAAGCAUGAGUAGCCAAGAUGAGACGGCGAGCCUACUCUUGGGCCAGCCGUCGCUGACGAGCGCCUCUUCGCCGGCGAAUUGCUCGAAGCCGGUGCUGAUGCGGCAGGAGUGCACGACGUUUCUGGUCUCGUCGCACCAUCCUCAACUGUCCGUGUUCUCCGACAGCGAGGAGGACGGCUCGCUGUGCCUGGAAGAGAACAGUACCAGAUCAGUGCCUGAUAUUGAAUUGCAUUGCAGAUUGGACGUGAAAGGAUGCAAACAGAACCUCUCGUCAAACGUACCGACGAGGAAUAGGAGUUCAUCGAACGCCUUCCAAUUAGCGCCCUAUGUAUCGCCGUCACCUAGAGGGAUCCUUGAACGCAGGACCUCGCAGACGCUGGCCUCGAACUUGAAGAUCGUCAGGUCGGUGUCGCGCGAGAGCAUUCGAUCCAUCCAUCAUUGUACGUGCCCUUGUCUUAGCGCGCCGGUGUCCUGCAGCUCCUGCCCGUCGACGACGCCCUCCGUCGUCACCACCAGGAUAAUCAGGCAGAGCUCGCAGCCGGAGGCGUCGGCACCGUGCUGCGGCUCGAACUGCGUGCACGGCACCUCGGCGUCGACGUCCCUCAGGCAGCUCCGGGACCACGGCGACGGAAUCGCCGGCAUCGCCGCCGAUUCGCUCAGAAUCAACGGCGCCAUGCGGAAUUUCCGCCAGGGUUCUGGUUUGCUGUGUUCUACACAAACUAUGGCGCAGGCACGUCGAACUCGACUCAAGCGCGCCCUCACGGAAGUAACCAGCGAUACUGUGUCCUAUGUGAAAACGUUGCGGAAGCCGGUCUCGACGCUUUCCAUACCGGGCGCCGUGAAAAACUCCAGCCGGGACUCAGGAGGCGGCAAAAUGGCGCAGGAUGACCAGGGAAUGGCGAUGCAAGGGCACAUGGAUUAUCCAAGGUUCAUGGAGGAGAGAGGAUUGAGCACGGGAUACAAAGGCCCUUCUUCCGGAAGUUUAAAACACAAACCUAACGUAGGAUAUAGACUGGGACGCCGCAAAGCGCUAUUCGAAAAGCGAAAGAGAAUUAGCGAUUAUGCCUUGGUUAUGGGGAUGUUUGGUAUCAUUGUGAUGGUUAUAGAAAACGAACUGUCCAGUGCCGGCGUUUAUCGUAAGACAUUUCCAUUUCAGGACGAAUUUUAUUCAAUUGCGCUCAAAACUUUGAUAUCCGUUUCGACUGUGAUUCUUUUGGGUCUCAUCGUGGCCUACCAUGCAUUAGAAGUACAGCUGUUUAUGAUAGAUAACUGCGCGGACGACUGGCGGAUCGCGAUGACAUGGCAGCGGAUCAGCCAGAUCACCAUGGAGCUAAUAAUAUGUGCCGUGCAUCCGAUACCGGGUCACUAUUUGUUCGUGUGGACGACGAAGCUCGCUAACAAAAACGGCGGUAUCGGAAGGAAGUGCGUGCCGUACGACGUGCCGCUGUCGCUGCCGAUGUUCCUGCGGCUCUACCUCAUCUGCAGGGUGAUGCUGUUGCACAGCAAACUGUUCACGGACGCUUCCUCGCGAAGCAUCGGCGCGCUCAAUCGCAUUAAUUUUAACACUAGGUUCGUUUUAAAGACUCUCAUGACCAUCUGUCCGGGCACGGUGCUGCUCGUCUUCAUGGUCUCCCUGUGGAUCAUAGCUAGUUGGACGUUGAGGCAAUGCGAACGGUUCCACGACGAGGAACACGCUAAUCUCCUCAACGCCAUGUGGCUGAUCGCCAUCACCUUCCUGAGCGUCGGCUUCGGAGACAUCGUGCCGAAUACGUACUGCGGUCGAGGCAUCGCGGUCAGUACAGGUAUCAUGGGAGCCGGUUGUACAGCCUUAUUAGUAGCGGUAGUAUCAAGAAAAUUAGAGUUAACUAGAGCGGAAAAACAUGUACAUAAUUUUAUGAUGGACACGCAGUUGACGAAACGGUUAAAAAAUGCAGCUGCAAAUGUCCUACGUGAAACCUGGUUAAUAUACAAACAUACAAGGCUAGUGAAAAGAGUUAACCCAGGUAGAGUUAGAACUCACCAAAGAAAAUUUUUACUUGCUAUUUACGCGUUAAGAAAAGUUAAAAUGGACCAACGUAAAUUAAUGGACAAUGCCAAUACUAUUACAGAUAUGGCAAAGACGCAAAAUACUGUAUAUGAAAUAGUAUCAGACAUGAGCACAAGGCAAGAUAGCUUAGAAGAUAGAUUAACGACUAUGGAGGAAAAAUUAUUAGCACUGCAAGAACAGCUAGAUCUACUACCUGAGUUAAUAGCAAAUAGGAUUCAAACCCAACAAGAGAAAAUGGAGCAAAGGAGGAAUUUCCUCCAUCCAGAUGCGGCUGCUGGCUUGCAGCAGGCGCGGAGCGUUCCUCCCGCUUGUCCUUGGCCAGGACCGGCUGCGUUAGGAAAAUCUUGCAUUCCACCAACGACGGGACAAAGUUGAGUUAAUUAUAAUAUGUAAAAUUUAACUGGAACUCGUGGACGAGCCAGCGUUUACUCAUAAAUUGCAUUUUUUUUGAUUUGUUACCGAAUAGAUUGUGUAUACAACGAAAAAUUUCCUAAAUUUUCAAUGACCUAAAGCUAAUACAAUAAUAUUGAAAAUACUUUUUUGAUGAAUAUUGCAGGGUGGAUUCGAAGGUAAUGCAUUCCUUUAUUAGCAGUAUGUGUAAUAUUUUUUUCAGAAAUUUGCCAUGAGAUGGUUCAGUUUUUAAGAGUAGAAAUUGUUUCUAAUUAAAUGAAAUUUCUAAUUAAAAAAAAUCUCAAUCGUAGUCGCCCGGUAUUAAAUUAUUAGGGGUGCAUUAUGUUCGCCGAUACUUUGUAAAAACAAUUUUUAUAUCGUGAAUUCUCAUAAGAUCUAAUUAUGUAUACUCAAUUAUCGUAGAUGAAAGUUGAAAGAUCUACAAUAUUAUACACUUUUUUUGAGGAUGCGAGCAGAUAAACCAAAACAACGGAAACAAAAAGUGUUCAGUGCCGGUACUAAUAGGUUAUUUUUAACGUAGUUUGGUACACAUCACUUUAUUUUAUCCAAGUCGAGUCAAUAUCUGAUAAAUCUGCUAGAUCAAUUUAUUUCGCUUGCCUCAAAAAUUUACUGAAAAACCAACACGCGCGUAUGAAAUAGCCGUAGAAGCGCUGCCAAAGUGUAAAUAAAUAGUUGUAGGUUUACUUGAAUUUAAGAAUUUUAAACAAACAUUCGAGGACCAUUUAACUUACAUAGAAGAAGUUGAUGCUAAAUGGCAUUUUGAAUUAUUGACUUUUCAACUGUUAAUACGUGCCUAAAGAGCUUUAAACCCUUCGCGUAACCAAAACGAAAUUCAUCUACCUCAUAUUUCCGAUAAAUUUAAGCUAAAGUAAUCUACAAAAGUAAAUAAUCAAAUAAAAUUUUUAACCGUAGCGAGUAUUGUAACGUGUAAAUUAGAGUUUCACGUGCCAACAUUUGUAACCAAAAACCGCGAGGAAAUUUGACAUAAUUACUUAAAAAAAAUGCAAUUUAUACUCUUUUCGAACGACCAAGGCGAUUCCACGUUUUCCAAUUAUAAUAAAUUUUAGAGCCUUAAAUACUUAUACAGUAUUAGUCGAAAAGUUUAACAGAGUCACGUUAGAUUUAUUAGAUUUAUCGCCUAUUUCCAACAAGCAAUCAUAUUCUUGUUGAUUUGUAUUCGAGCUAGUUUCAUAACGGGAUUCUAAAAUCGUUUUUAUUUUGUAAAAUUUUUACAAGAAAUUAUGAAAGUACCUACAGUAUUACAAACACCAAUUAUAAGUAAUAAAAGAACUACCAAAAAGUGCCAAAUUAAAAAUAGCGGCAUCAGAUUUAACAGAACAAACUUCCUCGUUCAUCUUCCCUCGCGUGUAACUGACACGAAUGUAUUGUAUAGUGGUAAGAGGAGAUGAACGGACAAAUUUUAAUUUGCAUAUUAUAUGAUAAUUCAAGUGAAAUUAAGCGGAAUAUUUAUUAACGGGAAAUAUGAUUGUUUUAAUCCAUUUUCAACAAAAGCACAUUCAUAAUAUACACACAAAUUAAACCGACAUUUAGGUAGGUAUAUAUAUUUAUAUAAAUAAAAUAUUUAAGGAAUAAAUGAUGAAUGUAGAUUUUACCACAACGCGACCGGAUCAGGUUUAAAAAUAUUUCGAAACUGAAUAGAUUUUACGCAGAAACUACGGAUUGUAACGAAAUGGCACUUUUUUAGCGAAAUUUCCCCACAAAUCUACAUUCAACAAAAUGACUUCUGUAAAAAAAUAACAUGGUUUUCGAAGUAAUCGAUGAAUUUGUAUGGACAAUUCGGAUUAAUAUUGCAUUUUUAUUAACGAUUUUAGCAUAAAGUUUCAUAAAGAAUUAAUGAACGAUUUUUCAAGAUAAAGAACAACCAGAAUGCAGAAUUUACCAGGUACCAAUAACUACAUACACAUACCACUGAGAUAUUAUUUUGUAGUCUUUGCAAUUAUCAUUAUUAAUUACCUACCAUUUAGCCAAGUUUCAAUUUUGUCGUUUCUUAAAUCCUGGAAUUUCUUGUAUUUCCUACACAUAUUUCUUAUCCAAAGAAAAUAGUAGUUCUAUUAAUUCAUUUACUCGAAAUGACUUAGUUUUCGACUUAGAUUAAGAGCUAAAGAAAUUGAAAAAUUCGUGAAAGAUGAGAUUCUAAAAAAUUGAUUCGUUUUUCGUUGAAAAUUUGAAUGGCGAAAUUCAGCUUGAAAAAUGCUCGUUCUCGAUUCGGGAAUUAAAAAAUUCAACAUUCAGUCUUCCCUAAGACUAAGAUAAAUUAUUUUAUAGAAAUUACUGUGACAGAUGUUUCAUUCUACGCAUCUUAAAGUAAACCAUGAUUAAAAUAUUUCCGAAAUCCUCUAUAGUUUUGACAGAGAUUUACUGUAAUUAGCGUAGAAUUGAGGCAUUAUUCGAAUAUAAUCGAAUCGAGAGCUUGAAUUUUUCGGGUUAUUAAAUGUAUUGUUGUUACGUAGUUCGUGUACUUUGCUGAAUUUAACACCAUCGCCCGAUACCCUACAAACUCAUUUCAAUUCCAUGAUUUUUAGGUGUAAGUUCCAUUAAAAAAAUGAUUAUAAUUUAGAGAUCAUACUUGUUAUAUUGUUAGGUAGAAGAAAUGUCUAAUGCAUGAAAAAAUUUAUAUUGAUUUACCGUUCUAGCCCCAUGUGAUAUUUCGUGGAUAAGAAAACAUGUAAAUAUUAUAAGAGAUGCUUGAUAAUGACUAAAAAAUCAGUGAAUAUACUGGUGUGAUAGUGUAUGGUGCACCUUAGGCAGUAUAUGUAAGGAAAUAUUUAUUCAGAGGUCCAAAUUGUUAAACUAUUAGAAGUUUCUGCGAUUUCACAGUUUUAUAAGCAUACAUGAUUUAUUAUAAACUUACCCCGAAAUAUACAAAAAUAUAUAUGUAUAUCUGCAUAGUUAUAAGCCUGUUAUUGAUUCUUUCGCAUUACAUAUAUUUUCAAAACGCAUUUUCAUGUUAUCCAACUCAUGUUACCAACGAAUAAACUAUUAGUUUCCUA